AUGACACUUUCUACAUUGCAAAUCAACAGCUUGUGGGCACAACAAAUACACGUUGACGAAUACAAAAUCAGUGAUUUUAUUGGAUAUAAUUGGGACGUUGAAGAACUACAAUUCAACAAUAAAGGAUACACACACACUAUUUGCAAUGGCAAAAUUGACUACCUCAACAUUGAUGAGUUCAUUGCCUAUGACGUCGAAAUCGAAAAUUUGUUGUGUAGAUAUUUAACAAUGGAGAAAGCGGUUUUAGACCACUUUGAGGUGAUAGAUACGUACUUUGACAUAUACAAAUUGAGUGAUUCGAUUUUCUCGGAUUUUGAUUUUCAAAAUACGCAAUUGGAUAUUCGAAAGGUCGAAAAUGUCACGUUUGAAAAUUCUAAAUUCGUUGACGUGAGGAUUUACACCGAAGUCGAAGACAAUGAACAUAUCGACUUCUUUAAUGUUUACUUCACUAAUACAUACAUCAACGACAAAUAUUAUCAUACGGUUCACGGAGACUAUUAUAUUGAUGCUGAUAAUAAACUCAUGUAUGGUAAAUAUAACACAAAUGAAGUGAUAAACGCAUCCUUUAUCACGCGUGUGGUGAUUUGUUGCAUGUAUGCAGUAUCAGUGUUGUUUGGAAUAGUCGGGCUCAUUAUACUCUUGUUGAUUAAAAAUAAAAGGUAUAAUCCAAUUUGA